AUGGAUCGGGGUCAUGGAUCAAGUGCAAAUGGUGGAUCUGACCAAAUUAUAGGAGGUGUCAUUGAUGGUGGUGGUGGCGGCGGCGGUAGAGGUGGAGGAGGAGGUAGUAAUGGUGGAUCUGGUGCUGGCUUCGGAUUUGGCGAGGGUCAUGGAUCAGGUGCAAAUGGUGGAUCUGACCAAAUUAUAGGAGGUAUUGUUGGUGGCGGCGGCGGAGGUGAAGGAGGAGGUAGUGACGGUGGAUUUGGUUCUGGCUUUAGAUAUGGUGAGGGUCACGAAUCGGGUGCGAAUGGUAGUGGCAGCGGUGGCGGUGGUGGAGGUGGCGGCGGUGGCGACAGUGGUCAAAAUAGUGGUAGUGAUUUUGGCGUCGGAGCUGGAUUUGGCAGGGUGGUGGUGGAUUGUGAUCUCACCAUUUGCUCAUAUAAUUUUUUUUUGCAUACAAUAAGUGAAAAGCAAAUUAAAAGCAAUAGUAAUUGGCUAUAG